UAAUUGUCAAUUGUUGGAGGAAGACCGGAAUUUUGGCACCAAUUUCUCAUGAAGAAAUAGAAGUCGCUACUAACAGUCAGGAUACAUUAUUAGAACAUCAAGAACAGGAUAUCGACGUGCUGAUGAUAGAUUUGACCUUUCAAGAUCCAGAUCCAGAAAUCAGAAACCAGCUAAACACAUACUUAAAUCUCAAUGAUUUGCAUAUCAUAACCGAGGAGAAACUCGAUAAUUCAGAAAUUAUUGAAAUUGUUUUGGAUGAAGCAAAUCAGUGUGAAAAUAGAGAUCCUGAUAACUCGGAUGAGGAACAACCAGAAAUUCCUAUUUCAGAAGGGCUAAUGGGCUUAAAUAAGUUCAUUGGUUUUUUUGAACAACAAACUGAUGCUAAUUUCAAAUCUGAAGAUCUCAAAAUUUUUCGAAAAUACUUGACCUUAGUAAAUCGAAAAUAUAUUGAAUCUAAGUUGUAUAUUGGCCGUCUUGCUAGGGACGCCCGUGAACGAGACGUUGAAAAACUCUUUCGUAACUACGGCACCAUCAGAGAAAUAAAACUGAUGAAUGGUUUUGGCUUCGUUGAGUUUAGAGACCACCGCGAUGCUGAUGAUGUCGUCUAUACUUUUAACGGCAAAAGCUUUAUGGGAGAGAAGAUAGUUGAAGCAUAUCGUCCGUUUACCAUAACUCAAUCAAAACCUCCUUCCCCUACUCCUCUACCAUUCUUAAAAAAAGGAUUUGAAGGACCUAAUGCGAAAAGCUGGAGAAAUAACCAAAGUUCACAAUUUUCUGUUAUAUUUUCAUUCAUUGGCGUUAGUGUGGUUGAGUUUUCCUCAUAUGAAGAUAUGAAAAAUGCUAUUAGAAAGCUUGACGAUACUGAAUUGAAGGGCAAACAUAUUAUUCUUCGAGAAGCACCGGAUAACGACACUGAUCGUGAUCGUGACCGUGAUCGUCGUCGCCGCUCAAGAUCUCGUUCCAGAUCUCCCCGUCGUAGUUCUCGCCGAUCUCCUUCACGCUCUCCACGUCGAAGCUCUCGCCGUUCUCGCUCAAGGUCUAAGACCCCACCUCCUAAUGGCAAAGAUCAUAGCUCUCGCUCUCCUUCGCCUCGCCGCGGACGUGAGGAUUCCCGCAGCCCUAAAAGAAGCCGAUCCAGAAGUGGUGAACGAGAGCGUGCCCACGACGAUGACAAGUAA